AUGACCCUUCAUUCAAGCCAAGAAUUCAAGAACAAUCCAGUCACUAUACUUUUCAAACCAUCCAGGCUCCCAAUUGAAAAUGUCACGUUUCCGCAACUAACUAUUGGGAAGCAGAAUAACAUUAAUGACGAAUUUGUUAAACAAGUAGGGUGGCUUCAGGAAGAAUACAAGGUUACAACAACUGCAGUGAUAAAAUUUAACGGCAUGGAUAUGGAUCGAGAUCAAAUUAAAAACUUUUUAAUUCUUAUGAAAACGUUCUGCCAGCCAUGGUUUAGAGGUUCCAACUGGCAACCAACUGACUCUCCUGUUGAACGAGAAGAUCGUCUCAUGCUAAAUUUUGACAUUGACGAGUUUAGAUUGACAGACUUUGGUAAAGAAGAAACUUUGGUGGAGAAUUUGGCUUUAAAGAUUAUAGAGGGGACCCCCAAGUGCUCUGAAAUGAUGGUAGCUUGCACGUUCAAUUCCAUGCCAGUGGAUUGCUCCGAAGUAUUUCAAGAUACCUACACAGAAUCUGGUCCUGCAUGCAGCUUUAAUGCCAUGCCCUCCACUUUAUUGAGACGACAAGACACAGUUAUCACCAUGCUUGAGAAAAUCCAACGUAAUAUUGGUGAAACAGAAAACAAUGCAUGGAAGUCUUGGAAUGUGCAUAAAAGUCUCCAAACCAACAUUACUCGAGGGGGCAGGAAAAUAGGCGUUCCAGACUUUCAAGAGCAAGAAGGGCAGUGGUUCGGCUUUCAAUUCAUCAUAAAAUAUCCCGAGCGUGGAGCGCAUUGUCAUCAAUCUGACUCCAACAACUAUCGGUUCUUUAAGCUGACGGUAAAUUUUCCUCUUGAUGAGCCAAACUUGCGAGACCAUGGGAGGGACAUUCCUCCAGGUUAUAAGGCGAUCAAUGUCAUUAAACCCAGCGUUAUAAUGGCAGAGGAGGAUUCGCAUUCUGCGCCACCAGUGAGUCGAAUAUUUGAUCUCUUUGCCGCAUAUUUCGGCUGGCAGUCCAUACUUCCACUUACAAAUACAAACGGCACCCGAGAUUGCAAAUGCCUGCCAGGAUGCAAUGAGGUGAUGUAUGAAAUGACCACGACACUUAUUCCGUACCCGACGGACGAGUUGCCUGAACUGGUUCAAGACUUUCUUCAAGAGUAA